GUCCUCUAGGCGUCCGCAAGGCUGGGGGCCAUCCUCCUCAGGGCGGUAGAGAGGGCUUGCAGCAGUUUACCCUGGCGCAACUCUCGCCCAGCCGGUGCCUGGGAAGUUUCAACCCCGGAGGUCACCAGUAUUUACGCGCGGGCGCCUGGCGUGGGGUGCGUGAGGAGCGGGCAGCGUACUGCCUCGGCCUGUCGGGUCCCUGCAAACGCCGAUGAGUUUCUGCCGGAGACACUUGCUCGCUUCUCACCUGGGCUCCCUGGGUCUUUCUUACCUUUGAAACUUCAGCAAACGUUUUUGUUUUGAACAGAUUCUCCACCUAUUUUACACAAAAUGAAGGCUAGAUUUUCAGUGGGACAAACAUUUGCAAAUAAGCCAAACAUCAGGGAGCCCUAAAUGAAAAAGAAAUUAUAAAAUAGGAAAAAAAAAUGAAAACCGAAAGAAAUAAACAAAAACCAGGAAAUGCCUCGUUCCACAAACAAAGAAAUGAUACUUGGCAUCAUGGUGGGAACUACUGGAAUCAGCUUGCUGCUUCUGUGGUACCACAAGGUUCGUAAACCAAGGACAGCAAUGGAUUUACCUAAAUUUCUUUCUCUGGGUAAUUCAGUUGAUUUGAUGCCUUUGCAAGAUGAAAUGCCUAAUGGCCAAGGAACAACAGCGAUCUUUCAAGGAAGGCAACUUCAGAUAUUGGAGAAGUUAAAUGAAUUACUGACAAAUAUGGAAGAACUCAAAGAGGAAAUCAGAGUUCUUAAAGAAGCCAUUCCAAAGCUGGAGGAAUAUAUCCAAGGCGAACUUGGAGGGAAGAUAACUGUUCACAAGAUAAGUCCUCAACACAGAGCUAGAAAAAGAAGGCUUGUCACAGUUCAAAGUUCAGCAACAAGUAAUAGUUCAGAGGAAGCGGAAAGUGAAGGAGGGUAUAUUACAGCUAAUACUGAUACCGAAGAACAGAGUUUUCCACUCCCUAAGGCGUUUAACACUCCUGUAGAGGAAUUAAAUUUAGAUGCCCUUAUUCAGAGGGCUGAUAAUUUACGUAUGAAUGAGUCCAGGAAAAUGGAGAGUUUUGAACUACUUUGUGACCACAAAGAAAAGUUUAGGGAUGAAAUAGAGUUUAUUUGGCGGUUUGCUCGUGCCUAUGGAGACAUGUAUGAGCUAUCUACAAAUGCACAAGAAAAGAAGCAUUAUGCUAAUAUUGGAAAGACAUUAGGUGAAAAAGCUAUUACUAGAGCACCCAUGAAUGGACAUUGUCAUCUAUGGUAUGCGGUUUUGUGUGGCUAUGUAUCUGAGUUUGAGGGCUUACAAAACAAAAUUAACUAUGGAUAUCGCUUCAAGGAGCAUCUAGAUAAAGCAAUCGAAUUUUUACCUGAAGAACCCUUUUUGUAUUACCUCAAGGGAAGAUACUGUUACACUGUCUCAAAACUGAGCUGGAUUGAGAAAAAAAUGGCUGCUACUCUGUUUGGGAAAAUACCAUCUGCAACUGUACAAGAAGCUUUGCAAAAUUUCCUUAAGGUCGAAGAACUACACCCUGGGUUUUCUAAGUCCAAUUACAUGUUCUUGGCCAAGUGUUAUAUUGAUCUUGAACAAACAGAUACUGCUGUGAAGUUCUGUAAUAUGGCAGUGUUGCUUCCUUGUGUUACCAAAGAGGAUAAAGAUGCACAGAAAGAGGUGAAAAAAAUAAACACUUCCUUGAAGAGGGUAAUGUGCUCAGAUAUCAAGGCAAAACCACGUUUCUGCAGAAGGCAUUCCACUAGUAGCACUACAAAACUAAUCAUGUUAUUUGGAGGAAUCUAUUUCCUAUAAUGUCACUACAAAAUGAUCUUUAAACAUGUAUGCUUUAAAUUUUUCCUAUUAAACUAUAGUCUUCAGAAUAAAAUAUUUAAGUCAAUUCAAUAAAAUGAACUCAAGUGAGUGUUUUAUUGCUGCUUCAGUGGUAACUUUACAAAACAAAACAGUUUCAUUAACGUGAAUGAAAAAUGGAAAAAAAGGCAAAGGACAUGAACGAGUUGUUGAUAGGAGAGGAAAAACAAAAGGGGAAAUAUAACUAGUAAUUUUAAAAAUGUGAAGAAAAUUACAAUAAGAUACUGUUUUACCAUCAAAUUAGCAAGGAUUUCUUUUUUUCUUUAAAGAAACGUUCAGUGCUGGCAAUGAUGCCAUGAGAUGGACCAUUCUCAUACACUGCUGCUGGGAGGGCAU